UACUAGCUUUAUAUGGAACUGCUAAUAUCGAUAUAGAGGUAAAGGAACAAUGUAAGAACAAAGCCUAAGCCUAUAUCAUUAGCAACGAUGACUUCCUCCAGAGAACACUUAGCGCUUCGUAUAAUUGUCACUUAGCGCUUAGUAUAAUAAAGUGUUUCAACCGAAGUUAUUAAGCGUUUUGAUAACAACCUAUAGGCCUGCAUAAUUAAACGAGGUAUUAAGUUAAGAUUGCCAGUUACAGCGCGGAAAGCGGAAGGAGAUCGAACAAUUUACAAGCAAUGACGGUGAACCUUGGUUCAGAUUAAUCGGCAGAUCGAUACGCCAAUGUAGUGGGCGUGUACGUAAUGAUCUUCACAUGAGGUCAGAGCGCUGAUACGUUGUUGACCAGUUUCAGAUGACAUUCUAUACCUUGGCGGUGACAGCAACAACAAGCAUCAUUGAUGCACGUCUGUAGUAGCUGGAUGAGCUGAAGCUUUAAAAGAGAUAAUGGGAUCAGGUGGGGAUUUUACCACCAGCGCACUGUACAACGACGACUUUACAAACGUUUCGAGGUCGACUAAUUACAAUUACAUGCCACCGUUCGAUGAGGUGGCGGUGGUGGUUUCGGCAACCUUACUGUUGCCUAUGAUGCUGUUCGGUAUUUUCGCCAACAUUUUGACCAUUUGUGUUAUUACAAAGUCGAAAAAUCUUCGAACCAGCACUUUCAAUUUAUUCAUUGCAAGCCUAUGUGUGUCAGAUUUCAUCUCUGCUCUAAUCAGUCCGUUGUUUCUAUAUCGUCGCACUUGGGGUUUCGAUGAUUGGAAAAUCUCAAACUUUCUGUGUAAGUUUUUCUGGGGAGCAGACAACGGUACGUCUCUCUCAACUUCUUUACAUAUUCUCAUAUUUGCUUUCUUACGAUUCUAUUCCAGCACAUGGCCGUUUCGAUACAAGGAGUUUAAAGUGAAACAUGCGCAGAUUUGCAUCGGAUGCAUUUGGCUGGUGGCCAUAACUUGCGGGUUUAUUCCUUUCUUUGUGUGGAUGAAUGCGCGGAAGAUGAAUAGAAAUGUGUUGAGCCAAGAAACGGGCUGGCCUUCAUGCACAAUCGACUUGCACUGGUUUGAGAACUUCAAGACAUACGCAGUCGCUGGCUACGCCGUGUUCUUCUACACUCCGAUGGUCCUGAUUUUAUUGCUAUCGAUCGGCGUCACGGUGAUCAUGUAUUACCGGAGAUUUAAACGCAAAGCUCAAUCUCACCCAGAGGGUAAAAACGUAAGCAGUAACGCCGAGGUUCGUCGGAGGCGUAAGGAGCAUCAAGCGUUCGUACAGCUUUACCUGAUUGUCGGGUCGUUUAUGCUUGGUUACAUUCCGCAUACAGCAUACCACAUUUAUGGGACGACCACAAAAGCAGUGACCCGCGAAGACGAGAUUUUUCAUUGGUGGUUUGGAAUGUCCGAAUAUCUUUGCCUGCGUUUCAGUGAAUGUCUCAACCCAGUUUUUUAUAACCUUGCUUCAAGUAAAAUGAGAAAGAAAACGAAAAAGCAGCUUGCCAAGAUGUUUGGUUGUUUAUCGGUCGCUGGUAAUUGCAACCACAACAUGUCGGAUUCUUCUGCUGCUUCCACCAAGACAGAGAAAACAAAAGACAGCGCAGUUUGAACAAUACUAUCGAACUCGGUUCUACAACUGAAUUAUCAAAUCCACGCCAUCUAAGUUAAAAAACAACCUCUGGGAUCUCCUAGGUUAAAGUCUUACAACUGCGUAGUUGUGUAUAUGGAAACAGUAAAGAACGCAUAUACGAAUGCAGUGACCAAAAAAAGUUAUGCAGAAUUUAAACACAUUAUUAAAGGCUACGAACUUGUA